AAAUACUUAUACUAAGGUCAAGGUCGUAACUUUGCAGCAUCCUUGUACAACGUAUCGUAUGACAGAAAAUCAUGUCACUUUCGUCCUCUACAGUUUCUACGAAACCUUUUGAUGGCCAGAAACCGGGAACAAGCGGACUUCGGAAAGCUGUCAAAGUGUUUCAGCAAGAGAAUUACACAGAAAAUUUUAUUCAAUGCACACUGACCGGUGCACUUGCAGAAAAACUGACCGGCUGCACUUUAGUGGUUGGCGGAGAUGGGAGAUAUUUCAUGACUGAAGUGGCUGAUAAAAUUGUAAAGAUUGCAGCAGCUAAUGGGGUUUCAAGAUUGAUAUUAGCCCAGAAUGGUUUGAUGUCAACUCCAAGUGUAUCCUGUGUUAUCAGGAAGUAUAAUACAGAUGGGGGGAUCAUAAUGACUGCCAGUCAUAACCCUGGAGGGCCAGAUGCUGAUUUUGGUAUUAAAUUUAAUAUAUCCAAUGGAGGACCAGCACCUGAAGCAGUAACCAAUGCUAUGUACCAGCUAACAACUACCAUCACAGAAUAUAAAAUAUGUAAAAAUCUGAAUGCUGAUCUCUCAACUCUCGGAGAACAAAAGUUCCAAGUUGACGGAAGACAAUUUACAGUACAAGUGAUAGACUCUGUAGCAGAUUACGUAGACUAUAUGAAAGAGAUCUUUGAUUUCUCUGCUAUAAAAUCUUACUUAUCAUCGCAAGGUGUUAAUGUUCUUCUAAAUUCUAUGAAUGGAGUGAUGGGUCCAUAUGUGAGUAAAAUAGCCUGUGAUGAGCUUGGUGCUUCAAAGUCCAGUAUAGUGAACUGUAAACCAUUACCAGACUUUGGAGGCUUACAUCCAGAUCCUAACCUUACCUAUGCUGCUGAUCUUGUCACAGAAUUAAAGAAAGGAAAUCAUAGCUUUGGUUGUGCAUUUGAUGGAGAUGGGGACAGAAAUAUGAUUUUGGGUAAAAAUGCCUUUUUUGUAAACCCAUCUGAUUCACUGGCUGUGCUGGCUAAUAACCUAGAUUGUAUCCCAUACUUCCAAAGAACAGGUGUCAAAGGUUUAGCUAGAAGUAUGCCGACAAGUGGAGCAGUAGACAGGGUAGCAAAGGCCAAAGGAUUAGAAUGUUUUGAAGUUCCAACAGGAUGGAAAUUCUUUGGUAAUUUAAUGGAUGCUGGCAGGAUGUCAUUGUGUGGUGAGGAAAGUUUUGGUACUGGUUCAGAUCAUAUACGAGAAAAAGAUGGUUUAUGGGCUGUACUGGCAUGGCUGUCUGUUUUAGCAAAUAAAAAAUGUAGUGUAGAAGAACUUAUUUUAGAUCAUUGGAAACUGUAUGGAAGAAACUUUUAUACAAGGUAUGACUAUGAAAACUGUGAAUCAGAUCCUGCUAAAACAAUGAUGGACAAUUUAAAUAAAAAAGCUGAUGAUGGAAGUUUAAAAGGUCAAACUUUUUCAUCAGGAGGAAAAUCAUACAAAGUAGCAAUUACAGAUAAUUUUUCAUAUACAGACCCAAUAGAUAAAAGUGUCAGUAAAAAUCAGGGUUUAAGAAUUAUAUUUGAGGAUGACUCUAGGAUAAUUUUCCGUUUGAGUGGAACAGGAAGCAGUGGAGCCACAAUAAGAAUGUAUAUAGAAGGAUAUGAGUCUGAUGCAGCUACAUUUACUAGUGAUCCUCAGGAUGUUUUGAAGCCAUUGAUAGAUAUAGCAUUAGAGAUCUCCCAACUUAGAGAAUUAACUGGCAGACAGUCUCCAACAGUCAUAACAUAAUCAUUUAAAAUAGUUUUACAAGGACAAUCUAAAGUGUUUUUGGGGGCAUUUUCAUAGCAUAAUAUUAUGUAGGGAAUUUUAUAGUGGCUAUUUUUUAUUUAACACCAGAAUAAGUACUCCCAGUGGCGGAUUUACCGGGGGCACAGGGGGCAUAAUAAAAUACUCACAUUUCAAUUUCUUGUGAAUGUAUUUUUUUAAAGACUUUAUUCAACAACAAACUCUUUUUUUAAUAUCAUACAAGUUUUAUUUUUUAAACUGAAUGUCUUAUUUCUUUACACUCUUAUUUUCAAAGAAAACCAACAAUUUGUUUUAAAAAAACCUUGCCUAGCUUUAUUUUUCUAAUAGCCCAAGCAUACAGUAAUACAGGUAUAUUUUUCUUGUUUCAAUUACCAUGUACAUGUAUGAGGCUAUGAAUGGGUCACCAUUUAUAAGGAUAUGAAUGGGGUUUACAGAUAUGAGAAUAAUGGGCAAAAAAGUUAGAUUAAACCGGGAACAAAAAUAUAGAUAACAGAAUAAAGAGGUGAUGAAAUAUGAAGAAAAGAUUGAUUGAUUGUUGGUUGUUUAAUGUCCAGUGGCAAAUAUUUCAUGCAUGUUUAGGACGAAUAUAAUAGAGAUCAAUGGCAAAAAAUUAAAAGAUAUAGAAAUAUAGAAACAAUGAUCUGACCCCCCCCCCAGACAUCGAGGUUUUGGAUCCGCCCCUGACUCCUGUAUUUUGGAGGAUCAGAAUGUGUUUUUGUCUAAUUGAGAAGGAAAAAAAUGCAAUAUAUUUUAUAAAGCCAAAAACUUUUAUAGCUUACCUUGUUGAUAACAAAGUCUGUUGUCAGAUUGAUAGUGAGUGAUAACCUGUAUGCCAUACCUAUUUUGUUUUAUAUGUCAAGCUUAUGUGCUCUGUUACAAUUUUAAGUUUUUUUCAGAAUGUUUUUGUAUAACUUGUUUUCAAAAUAGCAUUAUUAAUAUCAGAAUAAUUUGUUAUGUUUAUAUUGUUAUAAAAUUAAAACUUUUAACAAUUACCA